AUGGAGUCGGUGCGCACGCGGUGUGUAUGGCCGCUUCUGUGGUCUCCUGUUACUCCGCAGCGUGCGCCACAUUCUGACGCAUCACUGGCACUAAAGUGUUUCCUGUUUCUCCUCCCUCUUCUUUUUUUGCUUCUCUCCUCCCACAGCCAGGCUGCACUGCUGCUGCUGCUACUCACAAGAAACCAAGAAAUGCAGUUUCCUCAAGCCAUGUGCCAGCCACGACACGCCACGCCGCUUCUCCCACUGUUGGUGGUGUUGCUGAUGUACUGCGCCAGUGGAUGUAUUGCCGCCGCUCCCGCCACACAAUACCGCUGUGGGUUUGACGAGAUGAUGAGGAGGAACGGCCCGCUGUCGACUGCGGUGGUGCGUGAGGUGCCGCGCAAGGGACAGGGCGCGAUGCAGGCGUACACCGUCGCCACACAGGAUGACGACAGUGGCUGGGAGCCGAUCCGCAUCACGGUGUUCACGGAGGAUUUGAAGGGGGGCACGGGUAGAAGGAAUUACUGCGAAAAAGGGGAGGCUGAGUGCUACAACGCCUUGUGGCACAAGGUAUCAUGCACACCAGAGCAUGUCUUGACGGAGGCAAAGAAACAAUUGUACACUGGAAGGAUUCUACCUGGUGCUGUCAAACUGCACGCCGAGCGACUACUUGUGAAACCCACUGGUGGGACGAUAACUGUACCUAGGGCUAUGAAUGAACCGUGCAACCAAUUUACGAUUUCUACUGAACACAGGAAAAACGGUGUGCUGAACGUCGACUUUAUCAUCUACGCCGCUGCUAGGCCAUCAGGUACUAAAAGCGGGGCUGUGUGGGCGGUCACAUGUAGCACAUGGGGUGAUUUUCGUCCCUCUAUUGGCGCCAUGAACUUUGAUCCGAAGUACAUGACUGACACGGCGUGGAGCGUUCGCGUUGCCGCACACGAAAUUGCGCAUGCUCUUGGGUUCAGUAAAGAGAGUAUAGGAGAAAAUAGCAUCAAAAUUUCAGAGCACAUUGUGCGUGGGACGCACCGCAGGAUGGUGGCAGGGAAACAUGUUCAGGAGAAGGCGAAAGCGCACUUUGGUUGUAAUUCUCUUGAGGGAAUGGAGCUGGAGGACGAAGAUGGUGUAUCGUCAAGAAAGAUCCCUCACUGGACGGAACGCCACGCGCGGGACGAGCUGAUGGCUCCCACAGUCGGUGCCGGCUACUACACGGCUCUGACGAUGGCGGUGUUCGCUGAUAUGGAGUACUACCGCGUGAAUUGGAGCAUGGCGGAGCCGAUGAGCUGGGGCAGCCGCACUGGCUGCGACUUUCUGAAAAACAAGUGCAAUGAAACCACGAAUCUUGCCGGCAAUUAUCCUCGCAUGUUCUGCGACGACUCCGACAAGGAGACGCUUCGCUGCACUUCCGACCGCCGUCACGUUGGGACGUGCACCGCAAGCAUCGUUGAGGACAAGAAGAGUCUGGUGGAUAAGCACGUUUGCCCUGUCGUAUCUUCGGAAUUUCACGAAAUAUUGUCUGGGACAACGUACAAUACGUGCUCGGACAAAGGUGUGACUUCUCUCCCUGGGUCGCUGACUGGCGACGGCUCGUGGUGCCUGGAUGCGGAAUUACUGGAGAAGAAGGGCGGUAAUGGCCAUAAAAGCGUCAAGGGAGUGUGCGCGCAGGUCUUGUGUGAGGAGGGCACAGUGAAGGUGAAGUACAGUGGCAGCAAGGAUUUUGAGCUUUGCCCUGAGGGCACUGACAUCCCAGUGACGCUGAAUGGUUUUGAGCAAGGUGGGAAGAUCAAGUGCCCCAUUUACGGCGAGGUGUGCACCAUUGCCGCCAACGGCAGCAGUCUUGUCAUUCCGAGAGCGUUGGAGGAUGAUAAGCGAGAGGAGCAAGAGGAGAAAAGAGAAGAGUCUGUGGCUGCUCCGGCGUUGUCCCCCGGAGCGGAAGCUCUUACAAAGGCGUCUCCUGCCGAUUUGCCUGCUGAGGAGUACUCGUCUGAAGAGGGACCCAGUGAAGAAGCGUCCACUGCAGAAGCGUCCACCGCAGAAGCGUCCAUUGCAGAAGCAUCUCCUCCAGGUAAAAAUUCUGAAGCUCCAGUAGUGCAAGCGGCAUUGAAGCAGCCUCAACAAAAAAGUGAAGCAGAACAAAUGACAGCGGUGGAGGCAUCUGCCACUACACAGCAAGUGCCACCGGAUUCAUCGCAGGAAAAUGCGGAGAGGGCGGCGGCUUUGAACUCUCAUGCCGUUGGAGAAACAACAGGUGAUGGCGGCACUGUGCGUGAGAGGAGGGUGCUGCCGCUGCUUCUUCUGCUGUUGGGACUGUGGGGGUUUGCGUCUCAGUGA